GUGUAACAGUCGGCGUUUGUUCAUUAGUACAACAGGAGCUGCAAACUGUAACGAAUCUCGCUUUAUACAGUCUCUCCUUCUUCUUCUUCUCCAUCUUCUCUCUUUCUCACUGCCCUAAUAAGCAUGGCUCGAGCUUCACUACUAUGGUUUCCACUCAUUACUUUCCUUCUUACAUCCAUUACCGUCUCCGGACAAGCACAAGACGGUCUUCUAAUCAAUGGAGAUUUCGAAACUUCACCAACCGGAGGUUUUUCCAGCAACGAAGAUGACAUAUCAGACGGUCCAACAUCGAUUCCUGGAUGGAAAUUGAACGGAACGGUUGAACUUAUAGAAUCCGGCCAAAAACAAGGCGGAAUGAUCCUAAUCGUUCCCGAAGGCCGCCACGCAGUUCGGCUAGGUAACGAUGCUGAAAUCCGGCAAGAUGUGAAAGUAGAGAAAGGAAGUCUUUACUCUGUCACAUUCAGCGCCGCACGAACUUGCGCUCAGCUUGAAUCGUUGAAUGUAUCCGUUCCUCCAGCUUCGAUGAGUAUCGAUUUGCAGACUCUUUAUAACAUUCAAGGAUGGGAUGCUUAUGCUGUUGCAUUUCAAGCUGAGGAAGAUGAUGUUCAGGUUGUGUUUAGGAAUACAGGUAUGGAAGAUGAUCCUACUUGUGGUCCGAUCAUUGAUGAUAUUGCUAUUAAGAAGCUUUUCACACCGGUUAAUCCCAAAGAUAAUGCAGUUGUUAACGGCGAUUUUGAAGAAGGACCUUGGAUGUUCAGAAACGAAUCAUUAGGAGUUCUUCUACCAACAAAUCUAGAUGAAGAAACUUCAUCUCUACCGGGAUGGACAGUGGAAUCAAACAGGGCUGUUCGUUACAUCGAUUCGAAUCAUUUCUCAAUUCCAGGCGGGAAACGAGCAAUCGAGUUAUUAUCAGGGAAGGAAGGUAUAAUCUCUCAGAUGGUGGAGACGAAACCUAAUAAACAGUAUAGACUUUCGUUUGCUGUGGGAGAAGGCGGCGAUAAGUGUAAAGAACCUUUAGCGGUUAUGGCUUUUGCCGGAGAUCAGGCUCAGAAUGUUCAUUAUACGGCGAAUUCGAAUUCUACGUUUCAGAUCGCCGAACUGAACUUUACGGCGAAGGCGGAGAGAACGCGAGUGGCGUUUUAUAGUAUAUAUUAUAAUACUAGAAGCGAUGAUUUGAGCUCUUUGUGUGGACCGGUUGUGGAUGAUGUUAGGGUUGCGUUUUCGAUGACUGUGAUGAAUGAAGUUAAAAGGUUAACACUUGUAAUGGGGAUUAUUAUUAGUCUAUUUAUGUUGUUGUUGUUGCCUUAAUUUGGAUUUUGGUUUCAAGAAAUUAGCUUUUGUAAUAUCUUCAUCAAUUGUGUUUAAAUGUUGAUUAAGUUAAUGUUGAAAUUUUCAAAUGUUGAAAUUUAGCUUCAUUUCAUUUUUUUUUUUUACUUAUAGUUAUUUUAUUAUUUUGUUAACUUAUUAUAUAAAAAUGGUAUGUUGUUGGUAUGA